AUGUACAGAAGCAUCACCUUCUUCCUCAGCAGUCUUCUCAUCCUGGUGCUACUGAUGUGGAGUCAAAUUAGUUGCCGUUUGUCCAUCCCGUCUUUGUGCCUCCUGAUGUCCGCCUUCGCCUGGCAGGUGGUCCAGUGUUGUAAUGUGGUUCAUUAUAGGAAAGUGGAGGAGCUGGUGGUGCUGGUGACGGAGCUGGCUCCAGAGCUGCUCACAGCCAGAGAAAGAGUUCAGCUCCUGCUCAGACUCAGAGCAAGGCUUGUGCUGGAGUUGUGUCGUAGUGAGAGCACCGCCACGCCGCUGCACGUCCAGCCCCAUCUGGAUGUCAUUUUAAACCUGAAGAUGAGCUCUGGCUGUGAUCAGGAGGACUUUGAAGAGCUGGAGAAGUCCAAAACUAACUUCGUGGAGGUUGUUCAAACUUUGUUUCAGGACCCAGAAGAAAGGGAGAGGUUUUUCACGGAGGUCUUCCCCAUCCAUUACGGCCAACAAUAUGAAGCCACGUUACAAUCACUAGUGUGGAAAUUCAUCUCCAGACUGGACAGCCUGCUGCCCAUCCCUGACAUAAAACAGACAGCUGAGUGGCUCAGCAGCACCCCCUCUGUCUUGGAAGAAUGUGGACAACUGGUUUUAGGGCGGGAACAUCUAAAGGAGCUGUUGGACUUCCACCAGAAACAAGCUAAACACAAGUGUUUCUCUCAAACUCAGAAUAUGUUUUUGCCCUUUCUGUCCCUGCAUCCCAAACCCAGUUCAAACCAGGAAGAGUCUCCAAUCAGUGAUGAAGAGGGGUUUGAUUUAGAUAAAGAAUCAUCUGAGGAAAACCAGACUGAACCAGUUGUGGACGAUUCAGGGAGAAGGGAUGAUGGAAAAAAUCAACAAAGUGAAGGUUCUGGUCCAUCUACGCUCCAUUACUGCUCUAAAUGCUCCUACACUGUUGGCAAAGUGUCAGAUCUUCUUCAGCACAUCAGACGGACACAUCUGAUCCAGAAACCUGGUAACAUCUUUAGGAAUUAUAUCACUCUGAUGAGGGGAACAACAAUGAUGAGGGGAACAACAAUCCCUGGACUGAAAAUCAGCAAAUUUUCAAAGGAAGACGCGUCCUCUAACAGCAAAGGUCCUCCAUAUCAGUGUGAUAAGUGCGACAAGAAGUAUCCCUCUAAAUGGUACCUGACUAUCCACUACCGGAGUCACACCGGUGAGAUGCCAUUUUUGUGCUCCACCUGCGGAAAAGGCUUCAAGUCUUUAAAUGCUCUAAAUUCACACUCACGCACACACACGGGGGAUUGGCGCUAUAAAUGUGACAUAUGUGGAAAGACCUCCAUCCAGCAAAUGGCAAGACACAUGCGCAUGCACCGAGGGGAGAAGAACUAUCUGUGUUCAGAGUGUGGGAAGGCUUUCCUCUCCUCCGGGGAGUUGAGGCUGCACAUGCGCUCCCACACCGGCGAGAGGCCUUACAAGUGUAAACAAUGUGGGAAAGGUUUCAUCGCAAAGUGUCAUCUGACCCGUCACACUCGCCAACACACCGGAGAGAAGCCUUACAGGUGCUCGCUUUGUCCCAAGACUUUCUACAGUUUGAGAGACAAGAAGAGACACCUGAUGAUCCACACACACAAGAAGUCUUUUCAGUGCUUGACGUGCGAAAGACAAACCUGCAUCAUGCUUUUGUUUGCCGUACCUCAAACUCUGAAAUUAGUUCCAUGCAGAGAAUCACUCGCCACUCGUCUGACCCCCAUGACCUCAUCAGGACACCCCCCCCCCCCCCCCCCCCCCCGGACCGAACCCAACAGAGCCAAGGACUCUGACUCAAGACAGUCAACCCACAGAUUAGUCAUGCAGGUCAAACGCUGA